UUGACUCUUGAUGAGUGGAUGAAGUUAGAUUCAGGGGACAUUGGCGACGAAGACGAAAUAAAUGAGCGAACUUCCAAAAUUUUGGCUGCUCAUCAUGCUAACCCACUAAACUUUAUCCGUAAAGGAACAAAAGGGGAGAAAAGAAAGGGAAAAAAGGGAAGGAAAUGCGGUUUACUGGGGAAUACCUUCACCGUAGCACUAAUGGUCCAGCUCCGAGAUCCACUAAGGAACUAUGAGCCAGUAGGAUCUCCUAUGCUUUCUCUUAUCCAAGUUGAGAGAUUGUUCGUUCCUCCAAAGCCCAAAAUCUACAGCACAGUUUCAGAGCUGAGGAAUACCGAUGAAAAGGAUGAGGAAGCGGAGGCAAGUGGUGCAGUCAAAGAAGAGAAAGAGGAACAAGGGAUCCCUCAGUACAGAAUUUCAGAGGUACAUCUUACUGGUAUGAAGAGCGAGACCGAUAAAAAGCCAUGGGGAAUCACGAGUCAGCAGCAGCAGGUACAGUCUGGUUCAAGGUGGUUGAUGGCUAAUGGAAUGGGGAAAGGGAACAGCAAGCUUCCUCUUAUGAAACCAAAACCGGGUUUCACGAAGGCUGGUGACAAGUUGUGGAGUGUCUCUGGUUCUGGGUCUAAAUGGAAAGAGCUUGGGAAAAUGGGAAAGUUGAACACACACGUGCGAUAUCCAAAUCUGAUAAUGCCAAAAUGAAGUUAAUAUAAGUAGCAUGUGUCUGCCUUCUUUGUUUUUAUUAAUGCUAAGCAAAUGUAUUGUUAUGUGGUGUGGUGGAUGGUGUAGAUUCACUUCAACUGUUGCAUCUGUUUUAAUAUUAUGUGUGUCUAGUUUAGGUUC